UGACGUGGCAUCGACUCGUAUCGGAGUCUGGACCAGAGGCUCGGAGGGAGGUGUCAUCCAGUGUGCAAACAGACAAGCUGCAGGGAAUUACUCAGAAGCUAACAGCAGCUUGCCAGCUUCUUUUAACAAUCAAAACAACACUCUGGGAUAUGCAUUUAAUUUCAUAAUAUUUCAUGCCAUGAAAUGAAGAGAAGAUGGGGGCCAAAGAGUCAAGGAUCGGUUUCCUCUCUUAUGACGAGGCCAUCAAAAGAGUCACUGAUGUGGAACUCAAACGGCUGAGAGAUGCCUUCAGGAGGACCAGUGGUUUAUCCUACUACAUGAACCAGCAAUGCUUCUUCAAGGAGGUGCUGGGGGAUAUGGUGCCCCCUCGGGUGGCCGAGGUAAUCUACAACUCAUUUGGAGGGACGUCUAAAGGCCUGCACUUCAACAACCUUAUCGUUGGGCUUGUGCUGUUGACGAGGGGGCGGGAUGAAGAAAAGACCAAGUACAUCUUCAGCCUGUUUGCCAGUGAGUCGGGCAGCUAUGCCACGCGGGAGGACAUAGAGGCCAUGCUGCAGGCCGUGGAUGGAGAGAUCCCUGUUUCCCUCCGCAAGUGUUUCACUGAGGGGGAGAAGGUGAAUUAUGAGAAGUUUAAGAGCUGGAUCCUGCAGAAUAAGGAUGCUUUCACAUUCUCCCGCUGGCUUCUCUCAAGUGGCGUGUGUGUCACCCUGACCGACGACAGUGACACACCCACCUUCUACCAGACGCUGGCCGGAGUGACCCACUUGGAGGAGGCAGACAUCAUUGACCUUGAGAAGCGGUACUGGCUGCUGAAGGCUCAGUCGAGGACGGGCCGCUUUGACCUGGAGACCUUCGUGCCUCUGGUCUCGCCCCCCAUUCACACAUCACUGAGUGAAGGCUUGUUCCAUGCCUUUGAUGAGAACAGGGAUAAUCACAUCGACUUCAAGGAGAUCUCAUGUGGUCUGUCAGCCUGCUGUAGGGGCCCACGCGCUGAGAGGCAGAAGUUUUGCUUCAAAGUGUUUGAUGUGGAUCGAGACGGGGUGUUGUCUCGAGAGGAGAUCCGAGAGAUGGUGGCUGCACUGCUGGAGGUGUGGAAGGACAACCGCACCGACUUCAUUCCAGAGCUGAGCAUCAGUGUGACUGACAUCGUGGAGGACAUUUUGAAAACACACGACACAACCAAACAGGGUCAUCUGUCUCUGGAGGACUAUCAGAUCUGGAGUGUGCAGAGUGCCCUGGCCGACGAGUUCCUCAACCUGCUGUUUCAGGUGUGCCAUAUAGUCCUGGGGUUGCGGCCCGCUUCUCCUGAGGAGGAGGGACAGAUCAUCAGAGGCUGGCUGGAGAGAGAGAGCAGACAUGGGCUGCAGCCAGGAGACUACUGGUUUCUCAUCGCCACACUGUGGUGGCAGCAGUGGAAAGACUAUGUCAAAUAUGACAGUAAAGCGAUCGUGAUGGAGCAGCCGUCUGUGUUUGGGACCGGUCGGAGCCCAGUGGGGUCGGGUUCGGGGGGGAUUGCUCACACCCCUGACGCGGGGGAUGGGGGGAUGGCCAACUCUCACUCCUCAUCGGAGGAGAAAUUCUCUGACAACAUCUCCAGCGCCUCAGAGGCCUCAGAGACCACCAGUGGGAGUCUUCUGCCCUCCAGCUCCACGGCGACAGACAUCUGCUUCGCGCGGCAGACGGACACCUCAGACACAGACAGCCAGAGUUUCCUGGGGACCGAUGGGAAUGUGUCGGCACAGAGACCCGGCGCCAUCGACAACCAAACACUCGUUACCUCAGAGCCCCUUAAGGCUCCCACGCUGACCAUGGAAGGAGGGCUGCUGAGGCGCUCCCCCAGGCUGCGCCACGGGCAGGACUUUGAGGUUGUGCCCGAGCCCGUGUGGAGGGCGCUGUACCACUGGUAUGGAGCCAACCUUAGCCUACCUCGGCCGGUGGUCAGACAGGCGGAUAUGGAGCGUGCGGAGCUAGAGCUCUUCCCCAGACACCUGCUCUUCCUGAGGCAGCAGCCUCCUCCGCGCACCCCCCAGUCCAACGGCUGGGCCAACAUGGGUAACAUGCCCUCUCCCAGUGCCCCUCUGAAGCGAGUGCUGGUCUACACAGGCUGCUUCAGUAGAGUGGGUUCCAUCAAAGACAUCCAUGAGUAUCUGUCCCAGAGGCUCCGCAUCAAAGAGGAGGACAUGAGGCUUUGGCUGUACAACAACGAGAACUUUCUCACCCUUCUGGAUGAUGAGGACCACUCUCUGGAUGACUUGAAGAUUCCAGAUGAACAAUACAUGGUUAUAGAAGUGCGGAACAAGGACAUGAGCUGGCCCGAGGAGAUGUCCUUCCUAGCCAACAGCAGCAGGAUGAGCAGACACAAAGUAGUUCCUACUGAAAAGGGGGCAACUGGGCUCAGUAACCUUGGCAACACGUGCUUCAUGAACUCAAGCAUCCAGUGUGUGAGCAACACUAAGCCCCUCACCGAAUACUUUACCUCAGGACGACACCUCUACGAGCUCAACAGGAUCAAUCCGAUCGGGAUGCGGGGUCAUAUGGCCAAAUGCUAUGGUGAUCUGAUGCAGGAGCUGUGGAGCGGCACCCAGAAAAGCGUGGCACCUCUUAAACUCAGGUGGACGAUAGCAAAGUACGCGCCGCGGUUCAACGGCUUCCAGCAGCAGGACUCCCAGGAGCUGCUGGCCUUCCUGCUUGAUGGUCUCCAUGAGGACCUGAACCGCGUCCACGAGAAGCCCUACGUAGAGUUGAAGGACAGCGAUGGGCGACCCGACUGGGAGGUGGCGUCUGAGGCGUGGGAGAAUCACCUGAGGAGGAACCGUUCUAUCGUGGUGGACUUGUUCCAUGGUCAACUACGCUCCCAGGUCAAGUGUAAGACCUGCGGCCACGUCAGCGCUCGCUUCGAUCCCUUCAACUUCCUCUCGUUGCCCCUGCCUAUGGACAACUCCAUGCACUUAGAGAUUAUAGUGAUCCGUCUGGACGGCUCCACGCCGGUGCGGUAUGGCCUCCGGCUGAAUGUGGAUGAGAAGUACACCGGUCUCAAGAGGCUCCUGAGCAAGCUGUGCAGCCUCAGGCCUGAGCAGAUUCUGCUGGCUGAGGUCCACUCAUCCAACAUUAAGAACUUUCCACUGGACAACCAGAAACUGCGGCGUGCAGUGACCGGGUUCCUGUGUGCGUUUGAGAUCCCCGUGCCAGGUUCCCCCUCAUCAGCCGUCUCUACUCCCGUAGAGAACUGUGAUGAGGUGCCAGUUCUGCCAAAUGGAAACGCCAUCAUGGUGGGGAACAGCUCCCACCUCAAGCUGGAUCUGAUGCCAAAGGGGAUGCCCAGCACCGUGGUACCCUGUGGCACAGAGACCAGCCCUGCCAAUGGCAUGCCCAAUGGCCACGAGAUGCCACCUAUCGAUAGCCCAUUCACUGGCUACAUCAUCGCCAUCCAUAGGAAAAUGAUGCGGGCAGAGUUGUACUUCCUGUCGUCCCAGAAGAACAGGCCCAGUCUGUUUGGCAUGCCACUGAUCGUGCCGUGCACGGUGCACACCCGGGCGCGGGACCUCUACGACGCCGUGUGGACUCAGGUGUCCCGCCUGGCCAGCCCCCUCCCCCCACAGGAGGCCAGUAACCAUGCACAGGACUGUGACGACAGCAUGGGCUACCAGUACCCCUUUACCCUGCGCGUGGUGCAGAAGGAUGGCAACUCCUGUGCCUGGUGCCCCUGGUACAGGUUCUGCCGAGGCUGUGCCAUUGAGUGCAGUGAUGAGCCGGCCACGGUGGGGAACGCCUACAUCGCCGUGGACUGGGACCCUACAGCCCUGCACCUCCGCUACCAGACCUCACAGGAGAGGAUGGUAGAGGAGCAUGUGAGUGUGGAGCUGAGCCGGCGGGCCCAGGCUGAGCCCAUCAGUCUGGACAGCUGUCUGCGGGCCUUCACCAGCGAGGAGGAGCUGGGCGAGGACGAGCUCUACUACUGCUCCAAGUGCAAGACCCACCGGCUGGCCACCAAGAAGCUGGACCUCUGGAGGCUGCCCCCCAUCCUGAUUGUCCAUUUGAAAAGGUUCCAGUUUGUGAACGGGCGGUGGAUAAAGUCUCAGAAGAUCGUGAAGUUCCCCAGGGAGAAUUUUGACCCCAGCGCCUUCCUUACACCAAGGGAGGCGGAGCAAGAAGGUUCCAGUGACGAGCUACGGGACCUGGGGGCGGGGCCAAAGUCUGGGAGUGGAGAUGGUGCUAACUCCUCCUCCACGGCCAGUGACAUGAAAGAGUCUCCUGGUGUGGCGCGCACCCCUAGUGGGCCCUUGAGUAGGGAGGGCAGCCCGAGUGACAGCCCCAAGCGCGACGGGCGGCGGCACGGACGCGUCUUUCCCCCACAGCUGGACGUGCGGCUGCAGCUUUCCCUCAGCAAGGAGAGCCUGGACAGUGGCCGCGAGAGCCCCAUGGACCUGGAGCCCAACGCCACAGCUGCCACCUCUGGAGGCGCGGGAGGAGGAGGAGGAGAACUGACAAGGGUGGAUGCGGACGCGGAGGGCGUGGGGGGGCUGGACUCGGCUCUGGGGGAGGACGCAGGCAGCAGGGACUGUGAUAACACCAUGUCCAUGUCGGAGCUGGAGAGCAAUGGCUGCACGGAGGACAGCAUGGAUUUGGAAGCCUUGCAGGACCAGCGCGACCGGGGUUGUUUGGACCCCAUGUAUGACCUGUAUGCAAUAUCAUGUCACUCAGGAAUUCUGGGAGGAGGCCACUAUGUGACAUAUGCCAAAAACCCAAACAGAAAAUGGUACUGCUACAAUGACAGCAGCUGCAAGGAGUUGAGCUCGGACGAGAUAGACACGGACUCCGCUUACAUCCUCUUCUACGAGCAGCAAGGCCUGGACAGGUCCCUCUUCAUGCCAAAGACGGAGGGCAAAAAGAUGGCCGACACCAGCAGCAUGGAUGAGGACUUUGAGAUGGACUACAAGAAGUACUGCGUCCUUCAGUGAGCUCGUUCGGGCUUUCUUGCUGGACGCCUAUGGACCUUUGGGGGUUACGUCGGGUGGAGGAGGGCGUACUGAUGUCCACACAGCUGUCGAGGUCUCUCAGAUUGAGAGGGAAAUUCAUUACUGAAAUCGUCACAGAUGUCUCUCUGUGCUGUGUUUCAUGUCUGUGUCGUCAUUGUUGCUUUCCUUUUGUUCAUUUGUUCAUUGUGGCCCCAGAAGGUUUUUUUUUAGUUUUUUUUUUCACCUAAAUGUAUUAAUGUAGUUUGGUUUGUGUUGCCAGUUUGCGGCACUGUCCGUUGAUUUCAAGCCCAAAUGAAUCAAGAGAGAGUAAGUGUGCUCAUUGCCAAUGUCUUAACACUAAGAAAAGGUUUUUUUUUUAUGACAAGAUUUAUGCUGGAUAUGUUUGUGGUCUUGAGGCCGAGCCAGGCGUCUGAUCCAUCUCCAUUUAUGAGGACAGAGAGGAACACAUCAGCAUUUUAUGUCCUCUGUGUAUGAAAUGGUACUUUUUUUUUAAUUAUUAUUAUUAUUAUUAUUGCUGGACGUUUUAUGGUAUUGAAUGUCACCGUUCCCGAGAAAUCGGAAACUGUACCAUCAGGGAAGAAGUGCACAUGUCAGUUGGUGCCAUGCUUGGAUCCAUCGUUACAAAUUUAUUUCCAGAAGCUUCUUUUGUAAUAUCAAAUACUCUCUUAGACUAUGAUCGAGCCUGAUGAAACUAGACGCUCGUAUCCCUCGGAGAUAAGAGAUAACGCACCUUUGGAGUGGGGUUGGAGGGAGGGGGGGGUGGGGUGGGGUGGGAUGUUGGAUGUUUCCCUGUGAUGUCACACUAGUCCAGUUAGCCUGUGCCAAUAAGAUUUUGUAGCCCAAACCUGACCUGUUACUUUGUUCUUCCAGAGUGGGAGACAUGAAGAAUUACUGAGUGGUUUUACUGAACUGUGUGGAUAAAGCCAACCCAGAUUUGGCUGAGACGACACAUGCUUAUAACCUUAGUGCUAUCUAUUGGUGUUUAUGUCCCAUGGAGAAUAAGCUUUGUAUUAUGGUAUUGGCCUUGAUAUGGUACAGAAGAUAGUCUCAACUGUUACAGACAUGAUUAGUCCCUUAUUCAGUACGUUGUACUGUUACCAACCUUCCCAUGUGUUUGUGAAAUGUUUGCCAUGCUUACAAUGUGUGGGGGAAUUGUCUUUGACCACUGAAUCUAGUCAGAAAGUAAUUUGUUGUCAUUUGUAGGUAAGACUUCAUACUGGCUGUUAUUCUAGAUUCAGCUUCUCAAAUUUCAUCAGGGUUUUUUCUUUCUUUUUUCUUUGUCAUGACACAGCACUUUUCAUUAUCAGCAGACUAUUCAUGCAUGAUAAUCGACUACUGAAACAUUUGUCUUUGUUAUUUUUUUUAAAAUAAUUUACAUUUUGAGUUAAUAAUUUAAUGUAUGUUGUUUUGUAAAGUUUUGUUUAAAAAAAAAAAAAACGAAAACCUGACGCUUACUUUGCACUGACCCCAGAGGUGUUGAACAAGGUGUACAUAGAGACUUGGCAAAUUAAUGUAUGUGAACAUGAACUGUUGAGAGAUGAGCUGUACUGUAUAUGAGUGACGCUGUACCUGUAACUAUUAAAGCUUGUACAAAGGCUGAAGCAACACA